AUGAGAUUUGAUGUCCGAUCGUCUUCGUUUCAUCAAAAUCAUCGUCCGAAUCUAUGUCUCAGAAGACAGUAUUCCUCGGAUCUGCCUUCGUCGUUCCAGGAAAUCACCAUGCCUGCGUUAUCGCCGACGAUGACGAAAGGCGGCGUGACUUCGUGGCUCGUUUCUGAGGGGCAAAAAGUUUCCGCCGGGGACGUUCUCGCGGAGAUUCAAACGGACAAAGCAACCAUGGAGAUGGAAUCGAUGGAGGACGGAUUCGUGGCGAAAAUUUUAAUCGAAGCAGGGAGGGAAGAUAUCGACGUCGGGACGCCUUUGUUAGUCAUGGUGGAGGAUGAGAAAGAUGUGGCGAGCUUUAAGGAGUACGUUGGAGGAAAAGGCGGAGGUGAUGAUAGCGGCGGUAGUUUUAACGAUAGCGGUAGCGAAGCGGAGGAGACGAGAAAAGAGGAGGAGAGAGUAGCGGCGUCGGCGAGCGCGAGCACGUCUUCGUCUUCGUCUUCGUUCGCGACGAGGGGUGCGAACGAGACUCGGGUGUUCAUUUCGCCGUUGGCGAGGAAGACAGCGCUGGAAAAAGGCGUGGAUUAUACGAAGAUUCGAGGUAGAGGUCCAAACGGGAGAGUCACGAAUUUAGACGUGUUGGAGUACGUCGCCAGCGGCGGCGUGGCCAACGUGAAAUCUUCCGCGCAACAACAACAACAACAACAAUCUGCAGGAGAAUUCGACGCGUCUAUAUACUUUCCAGAAUACGAAGAGGUGCCAGUUUCUACGAUUAAGAAAAUAACCGCGAAGAGGCUCACGGAAUCGAAGCAAACCGUGCCGCACUUUUAUCUCACCGUGGACGUGAACAUGGACGCGGUGAAUGCCACCCGCGCGCGAAUGAACGCGUUGUUAGAGAAGGAAAAAGACGCAAAAAAGAUUAGCGUGAACGAUUUCGUAGUCAAAGCGUCGGCGGCGGCGCUGAGAGCGGUGCCAGAAGUCAACUCGAGUUGGAUGGAGACACACGUGAGACGAUACAAGCUCGCGGACGUGUGCGUGGCGGUACAAACGGAUAAAGGAUUGAUGGUCCCCGUCGUGCGUUCGGCGUGUUGCUUGGGAUUGAGAGGUAUUUCGAGCGAAGUGAAGAGUUUAGCGGAAAAAGCGAAAAUGGGAAAAUUGCAAGGUAAAGACGUCUCCGGCGGCACGUUUACCGUUUCCAACCUCGGCAUGUUUGGCAUCAAGCACUUCGCGGCUAUCGUCAAUCCACCGCAAGCUGGCAUUUUAGCCGUCGGCGGGACGAGGAAAGAGAUCGUAAAAACGAAGGAAGGGAUGUACAAAGAAACGAACGUGAUGUCGGCGACGUUGAGUUGCGACCACAGAGCCGUAGAUGGCGCGGACGGCGCCAAAUGGCUCGGCGCGUUUAAAUCGUACAUGGAAGACCCGAGCACGAUGUUAUUGUAA